AUGACGCGAAAUUUAAGAAAUAGGACAGUGGAUUCACCAACGGAUUCUGAUGAAUUCAAAGAUGAAAAUGGAAUUACUCAUACGACUUCAAAAUCAUUGAGGAAAAUUGAUUAUUCUGAGAUAGAAAGAGGCAACGAUAAUGAUGAUAAUGAUGAUUAUGAUGAUGACGAAGAAGUAAAUACUCAUAAUCUGAGACAUUCGAAGAAAAGAUCAUAUAAUGAAGAUGAUGAGGAUGAAAGUUUCCAUGAAGAUGAGAGUGAUGAUGACAAUAACGAUGAAGAUGAAGACGAUUUAUAUUCAGAAGAUGAUGACGGAGAUGACGAUUUUGAAAAAAGGGAACGCCAACGUCAAAGGAAACAACAGGAUAAAAAUUUUAUAGUGCCUGAUCCUGAUGACGAGGACGAAGACGAUGAUGAAAAUGUAUUCUAUAAUAAGAGACGACGUAGUGAUAGGAAGAGAAGAUCAAGGAGAAAUGAUUAUCCUGAAAGAAAUAUAAGGACACGGAAUUUGAGAAGUAGAACUGUCCAUGAUGAACCUGAGGAUGAAGAAAAUUCAGAAUCAAACUUAACUUUAGCUGAUGAAAUUAGAGAAUUGCAAGAAGAUAGUCCUAUUCAAGAGAAAAGAUCAUUACGCGAACGUACGAAGCCUGUAAACUACACAAUUCCGCCUCCAAUAACAUCAAUAAAUGACGAAGAACUGCUUUUAAAUAGUAACAACAGACAAAAUACAAUAUCGUUUUCGAACCAAUCACCAUCUCGUCGUAAUAAUCGUGGUGCUAAUUACAUGGGUCCAACAAGAAGGUUAUUUCCAACCGGAGGUCCUUUUGGUGGUAAUGACGUAGUAACUGUCUUUGGGCAAAAUACUAAUUUCUAUUCAAAUAAUUUAUCUAAGGACAAAAAUCCAAAAUUGAUAAUGGAUUCAGACUCUUCAGAUGAUGAAAUUCUACCAUUUGGUGUAGAUUCUAAGAAACCAAAAAUUGCAAAAAAAAAGAAAAAGAAACCUGAAAUUGCAGAUAUAGAUCCACUAGGUGUGGAUAUGAAUAUAAGUUUCGACGAUGUUGGUGGUUUGGACAAUUAUAUCGACCAAUUAAAAGAAAUGGUCGCGUUACCUUUAUUAUAUCCCGAACUAUAUCAAAAUUUCAAUAUCACUCCUCCUCGUGGUGUCUUAUUUCAUGGUCCACCGGGGACAGGUAAGACGUUAGUUGCUAGAGCCUUAGCUGCAAGUUGUUCUUCGGACUCUAAGAAAAUUACAUUUUUCAUGCGUAAAGGUGCUGAUAUCUUAUCCAAAUGGGUGGGUGAAGCUGAAAGACAGUUACGCCUGUUAUUCGAGGAAGCUAAAAAACAUCAACCUUCAAUCAUUUUUUUCGAUGAAAUUGAUGGUCUGGCACCCGUCAGAAGUUCUAAACAGGAACAGAUUCAUGCAAGUAUUGUUUCCACUCUCCUGGCUCUAAUGGAUGGUAUGGAUAAUAGAGGUCAGGUUAUCGUCAUAGGUGCGACUAAUAGGCCAGAUGCCCUUGAUCCUGCAUUAAGAAGGCCAGGCAGAUUUGAUAGAGAGUUUUAUUUUCCUCUACCUGAUUCGAAGGCAAGGGCAAAGAUAUUGAAAAUUCAUACCAAAAAUUGGCAUCCUUCAUUAUCAGAUGAAUUCAUAGAAAAUUUAGUCAAGAUGACUAAAGGAUAUGGUGGUGCUGAUUUAAGAGCCUUGUGUACCGAAGCUGCUCUGUUCUGCAUUCAAAGGAAAUUCCCACAAAUUUAUAGAAGCGACGAGAAACUAAUGGUUAAUCCUCGACAUUUGAGGGUUACUUUAAAUGAUUUCAUUUUGGCUCUUGAUAAGAUUGUUCCAUCGUCAGCAAGGUCUUCAGGUAACACACCACAACCUUUACCAGAGGCAGUGAAACCUUUAUUGGAUUCACAAUUUACAGAGAUUAAAAAAUUACUAGAUAGAAUAGUACCAAAGAAUUCCAAUGAAGUACGUAAAGAUUCUUCCUUAAUUCAACAAUUUAUUGACUACGAAGACUAUGAUGAUGAUGUUAAUGACAACACAAGCUUUGGUUUUAGUAAGCGGGAACUUCUGAAACGGGUAGCAGACUCGAGGAUAUGUAAACCCAAACUACUAAUUGCUGGGCCUGAGGGUAAUGGUCAGCAAUAUAUCGCGGCUGCCAUUUUGAACUAUCUAGAGAAUUAUAACGUUCAAAAUCUUGACUUGGCUACACUGGUCUCUGAGAGUACCAGAACAAUGGAGUCUAUUAUUGUGCAAAGCUUUAUUGAAGCAAGAAAGAGACAACCUUCGGUCAUUUUAAUCCCAAACAUUGAUAUUUGGGCAAGGAUGGUUCCUGAAAGUGUCAUUCUAACUUUGGCAAGUUUAUUUAGAUCCUUACAAAGUAAUGAAAGAGUUCUGCUAUUAGGAAUUUCGGAAAUUCUCUCAAAGGAUGAUGUACAAAAUUCUACUUUAUCUCAUUUGGCAUUUUCAUCCAAAAAUAUUUUUGAAAUAAGCACACCAAGCUCAAAACAAAGGCAGAAUUAUUUCAAUUCUAUUAGAACCGUUUUGAUGAUGAAACCUCCAGUUUUUGAUUCUCGAAGGAAAAGAAAGACGCCUUUGCCUGAGCUGGCAAAGGUAAGCUCCUCGCAACCCAAAUCUAACGAAUUUGACGAGAAUGGCAAGCCAGUUUCGCAGGAUGAAAUUAUAAGACAGAAGUUAAAAUCUUACCAAUACCAAGAUAUGAAGUUGAAAAAUGUCUUAAAGAUCAAAAUUUCUGGAUUAAUGGACCUUUUCAAAAAUAGAUACAAGAGAUUUAGAAAACCUCCCAUCGAUGAUGCUUUCUUGAUCCAUUUAUUUGAGCCAGUUCCUGCAGACCCUAAUUGGCAACCAUUAUAUGUAAAGGAUGACGGUAUGAUUCGUGAAGUUGCUACAGGUCGUAAGUUCUACAAUAUGGAUCUAGAUAUCGUGGAAGAACGUCUAUGGAAUGGGUAUUAUUCAGAACCAAAACAAUUUUUAAAAGAUAUUGAAUUGAUUUAUAUUGAUGCGAACACAACAGGAGAUAGGGACAGAAUAAUCAAGGCUUCUGAGAUGUUUGCUAAUGCUCAGAUGGGCAUUGAGGAUAUUUCUACUCCAGAAUUUGUGCAGGAUUGUAAAGCUACUAAACAAAGAGACUUAGAAAGAAAGAGACUUUAUUUGAAGGAGGUAGAAGAACAGGCUAUUAAGGAAAAGGCAGAGUUAGAAGUGAGAAUGGAAACCGAAAAUAACUCGAAUAUUACAGAAGUAGCGGUUGGCUCUGGUAAUCAAUUGCAGGCCCAAGCACAAAUUUUACCUGAUCUUCCUCCAUCAAACUUGGAAGCUCACGUUCCUGAAGCUUCAAAUGAGAGUGAAGUUGCAGUCGUCGAAGAAACCGUCUCAGCGCCAGCCAUGGCAAAUAGUGUUUCUAAUACUGAACGCAUCAAAUCCAUGGACAUAGGCUAUAUGGUAGAUGACAACAAAGAAGAAGCAAAUUCAAAUACGUCUGAAAAAAUGGGAUUACAGGAAAAAGUGGAGGAAAAUCAUACUGUUGAAGAAACGAAUGAAGAUAUUUCGCACAACGAAGAUAUAUCUGAAAAAGUGGAAGGGAACGUCAUUAUAGAUGAAAACGUUUUGUCAGGUAUAUUGUUGUUGCUUGAAAAAGAAACAAAGGGUUUCCCUGUUUCUAGACUUGAAGAAUUAUAUUCAAGCGUGAUUGACAUCGUGUGGGAUGGCCGUCUGGACCGGGAUAAAACCGAAACAUUGGCAAAUAUCAAAAAAUAUUUAGAAAGUUUGUAA